GAAGUAUGUGUCAUUACCUGUCAUUGUCAAGUUUGUGUAGACAACGUCUUUCGCAGUAUUUUCGCAGUUUUUUUAGCAACUGAUUGUAAAUUGGAUCAGUAUUGGAUCGGUAUUUGCAGAAGAUGGGGGAUUUUCCUUUUACGCUUACCGAACUACGGCUCCGUCCGGUUGUCAAUUGGACGAACGUCGAUGAACAAAUCUUGGCGCCAAGUGUGAUCAGCAUGAGCAACGGCUUUAACAUGCAUGAUUCAUUAGAUUUGCUCGGUCCGCCAUUAUACAUGAUUCAUAUAAGCAAGCUGGAGCAUCCAGAGGCGACAAUACAUGUUCGAUCUGUUGACCACCAACCAAACUCACAGGUUUUUUCCAAGCAGGGCCAGUCCGAAAAGGUUACUAUGACUGCACUUCACGGUGUAGAUGACAAGAACCUGCAGCUCCCACAAGGUGUAGAUGACAAGAACCUGCAGCUCAUACAAGGUGUAGAUGACAAGAACCUGCAGCUCCCACACGACCAAGAGUUACAUGGUGAAAGAAUACAAAAGGCUACUAUAACUGCACUUCACGAGGUGGAAAAUUUACCUCUUGACAACUCCAGUACGCCUUCCAAACUGCAUUCACUCCACCAAAGUUUGGAUGAUCCGAACCUGCAGCUCCCACAAGGUGAAGAUGGCAAGUACCUGCAGCUCCCACAAUGUGUAGAUGACCCGAACCUGCAGCUCCCACAAAGUGUAGAUGACAAGAACCUGCAGCUCCCACACGGUGUAGAUGACAAGAACCUGCAGCUCCCACAAGGUGUAGAUGACAAGAACCUGCAGCUCCCACAAGGUGUAGAUGACAAGAACCUGCAGCUCCCACAAGGUGUAGAUGACAAGAUCCUGCAGCUCCCACAAGGUGUAGAUGACAAGAACCUGCAGCUCCCAUACGACCAAGAGUUACAUGGUGAAAGAGUCCAAAAGUCCUUACCGGCUCAUUGCAAUGAAUACCAGGUCUUUAAGGCUCAGCUGCCUGGGUUACACAACCAAGAAUUACAUGGUGAAAGAGUCCAAGAGUCCUUACAGGCUCAUUCCAAUGAAUACCAGGUCUUAAAGGCUCAGCUGCCUGGGUUACACAACCAAGAGUUACAUGGUGAAAGAGUCCAAGAGUCCUUACACGCUCAUUCCAAUGAAAGCCAGGUCUUUAAGGCUAAGCUGCCUGGGUUACACAAGAAGACACAUUUGGCCACCUUCUUCUCAAGUGCGUCUGCCAAAAUGCGGCUCGCACUCGGACUGGCCCACACGAACCUGCAGCUCCCACACUCUUUGGCCCAUGCGAGCCUGCGGCUCCCACACUGUGUGGCCCAAACGAACAUGCGGCAUCCACACAUUGUGAAUGAGAUGAGAUCACGGCUCUCGCACGGUAGAAGUUUUGGAAGUCUGGCAGACGAAAUUUCUGUGCUAAGUAAAUAUUAUUAUUUCGCAAAGGAUGGAAUAUGUCAAGAAGGAGAUGUAAGAGGUUUCAAAAUGGCAACAAAAUCACCUUCCGACAUAAACAACACAAUUCACGGUUCAGACGAAGUUGGAUCAGUCGAAUCGAAUCUAUCUGAAAGCAUCAUGUACGGUUCAGACGAAGUGAAAUCGUUCGAGUCGGAACGAAUCGAAAACACCAUGGAUGGUUAAGAUGAAGCUAAAUCGGGAAAGACGACACAAACAUAUGUGAUUAUGUAAUGAAAUGGAAAAUUUUCAAAACUGUUUGGAAGGAAGCGAAAACGACAAAAUAUUAUAGAACGCUCGGUUGAAUUUUGAAGUACAUGUAUGAUAGUGCUAGAUCCCACAUUGAAACUCUUGUCUUAGAUCAAGAAGGGUACAACUCGCACAUUGCAGGUGUACAUUAUUUUACAUGUAUAAUUAAAACUUAAUUAAAUAGUGCAACAAUUUAAAAUAUUACCCAAGACCUUAAUUAUGUCUUCACAGAUAAAACAGUGGUACUUUUCUUCAAAUGUGUGCUUCGAAUGUGUGCUUGAUUGUUUUGUAAUUUUUGGUUCGAUUUUGUUGAUAAAACAACGAUUGGAAAAAUAUAUCGGUAAUUAUAGUAGUGGAUGAUCGCCAUUAUGCAAAUAUUUUUGUUAAUGGCCUGAAAGACGUUUUUAGCUCAAAUGUGAAUAAUCUUACUAGAAGUGGCGCGGCAGAGGCCGACGAGUAUCCCCACGCCACACAGAUGUUAUAUUAAAAUGCAAUUAAGGGUGGGCAAGACAUAUGUUGGUGGGGCCCCGGGGUGGAUAAUGUUGACAUGGAUGGUCAAGAUAGACAUUGUUGUCAUAAGAGAUGUCAAGUUUGAAGUCAAUUGGUGAAUAAAUGAUGUUAAAACAAAACUUUUGGUACGAAAACAAAAAGGGUACCAAAAAACAUUUGGGGGUACGGGGAAGUAGUACGCGUUGACCUCUCGAUAAAUUUGAAAGAUGACGGGAACCAAGCUGCCUUUACCUUAAUAGCUGGCCCUGAGUGGGUAAUGUGGACAUAGAUGAUCGAGAUAGACCGUGUUGUCAUAAGAGAUGUUCAGUAUUAAUGUGAAGUCAAUUGGUGAAUAAUUGAAAAAGUUAUGUUAAAACAAAAAUUUGAGUGGGCGCGGUUCUCCACUAUCUCCUCCUACACUAUUAGCACUAGAACCUUGAAACUUCCACACAUGGUAGCUAUGAGCAUAUGUGCGACGGUGUACUAUUUGGAAUUUUGACCUGACCCGUGUGUCAAGUCGCAUGUUUUUAGUCAAAUGAGUUUAUUUCCCAUUUUAAAGUUUCGGAUGGGCGUGGUUCUCCACUGUCUUCUCCUUGACCAUUAGCAUUAGAACCUUGCAACUUACACACGUGGUAGCUAUGAGCAUAUGUGCGACGGUGCACUAUUUGGAAUUUUGAUCUGACCCCUGGGUCAAAAGUGAUUAUCAUGUGCGUCGUAUGUUGUUAGUAAAAUUAUUUGUUGUACCCAUUUACCCAUUUAUUACCCAUAACUUUGACCCAGGGUCAGAUCAAAAUUCUGUCGCCGUCACCGUCGCACACACGCUCAUAGCUACCAUGUGUGUA